AUGUCAGAUAAAUUUAUAUUAUAUACUCAAUUAAAAAAUUAUUUUGAAUAUCUUUGUGGUGGUGGUUUAAAAUUACAAGAUUUCCUUGAUAAAGAGAAUCGUGAUUUAGAUGAUAUUGUUAACUGUUUUAUUUUAAUUCUUGGUUUAACUUUAGCAAGUAUCUGUGUAUUUAAUUUCCAUAAUUAUUUAUAUUGGCCUGCAAACAAAUUACCAUCAUUUACAGUUGGUCCAUAUCAUCCAUCAGUUUUUGCAACUUUAAAAAAUAAAAAUUCUUUACAAAAACAUAAAAGUGAUAUAUGUAAAAAUGGUAGAUUUUAUUUCUCUUUUCUCGAAGAUGGUUCAUAUGACGCAGAAUUUUUUAUUGAAAGUGGUCAUUCAACUAAAUUGAAAUUAAAAAAAAUUAAAAUUGUUAAGCAAGGUGAUAAAUUUACACCAGAUUUUAUAGAUUUAUCAUCUUUAGUUGAUAUUUCAUUUCGUACAUUUGAUAAACCAAUUUCAAAUUCAAUUGUGAAAGGAACAAUUGAAAUGCAAAAUAAUGGUAGUAAAGUUUCAUUCACUUGGACAACUGAUGAUAAUGGAACAUAUUCAACUCUAUUACCAGAGUGUAAAUUUUCAAUUAAUGUUGAAGGUAUUGUUGAUGGAAGACCAGUUAAAAUGAAUGAAGUUAUUGAUAUACUAACAUCAGAUGUUAUAAACAAUCUUGAAGAAUUAAAAUAUAUUAAACCAAGAUCAUUUGAAAUAUCUCAAAAAUGUACAAAUUAUAAUAUAAAAAGUAAAUCAGAAAAGAGUGUUCUUUUAAUUGAUGUAUCUCGUUCAAUGACUGGUGCACAAUUGGAUAUUGCAAAGAAUAAUUCCAAAAAAUUCAUUGCAGAGUCUGAUAAAUUUGCAAUUGGAGCUUGGUCAUACUCAAUAAAAUUCUUUAGUGAUUCUUGGGGAACCUCUUCAAAAAUAUCUGCUGCCAAUUCAUGGAUUGAUGGUUUAUGUUCAGAUGGUCAUACCGAAAUUAAACAGGCGAUUGAGGAAGCAAUUACAAAGUUCAAAGAUGCUGAUGAGUUUUGGAUUUUAUGCGACGGAGAUACUGACGCUUUCCCAGAUUUACAAUCCUGGUCAAACUUUUAUUCAAAUAAUUCAAAAUACAUAAUUAACUUUGUUGGAAUAGGAGGUUUAUCAGAUGAAAGAAUGAAAAGCAUGGUACAAAUCAGUAGAGGUAAAUUCAUAAAAGUUUCUUAA